AUGUGGAAAAGAAGUGUUCUUAUUAACAACAAAAGAUCAUAUACGAAAUUGUUGAUAUCUCAGAACAAAUUACCACCUUUAUUAUUGCCGUUUAAUGUUUACUGGAGUAACCCACUAAUAAUACCACAACAUUCUAGAUCAUAUUCUAAGAGUUAUAGAAGAAAUAAAGGUAUUACGAAGAAUCAAAAAAAUGACAAGCCUAAGAAACUGACAUUUACAAUACCAGAUUAUAUAUCAGUUGAUAAACUAUCUAAUUUAUUAAAUUGUAGAGUACAAACAGUAGUAAAAGAUUUGAAAAAUUUAGGUUUCAAAAAUAUUACAACUGAUUAUAUUAUUAAUAAGGAAUAUAUCGAAUUAAUCCUCCAGGAAUAUAAUUUUGAAUUACCUUCAUCCACAUCAUCUAUAACAUCAGCUAACAUUUAUAAUAAGUUGAAAGAUCCAUUGAAUCCUAAAUUACUCGAAAGUAGGCCUCCAAUAGUAACUAUAAUGGGCCAUGUAGAUCAUGGGAAAACAACUAUUAUUGACUACUUACAGAAAUCUUCAGUUGUUUCCCAAGAACAUGGUGGUAUUACCCAGCAUAUAGGUGCAUUCCAAGUGAUUACGCCAGUUUCUAAGAAAAAGAUCACAUUUUUAGAUACACCAGGUCAUGCUGCAUUUUUGAAGAUGAGAGAAAGAGGUGCUAACAUUACAGAUAUAAUUGUACUAGUGGUUUCUAUUGAAGAUUCUAUUAUGCCUCAAACAAAGGAAGCUAUAAAACACAUUAAGGCCUCUGGUAAUCAACUUAUAGUGGCCAUCACUAAAAUAGAUAAGAUUGGAAAUGUGAAAGAAAGAGAAAAGAAAAUAGAGAGAAUAACAAACGACUUAAUUGCAAAUGAAAUUAUGGUUGAGAAAAUAGGUGGCGAUGUUCAAGUAAUCCCAGUUAGUGCAAAAGGUGGCGAAAAUAUGGAUCUUUUAGAGGAAUCUAUCAUCUUAUUAAGUGAUAUGAUGGACAUUAAAACAGAAAAUUCCAAGAAUACAAUGUCAGAAGGUUUUGUCAUUGAGAGUGAGAUGAAAAGUGCAAUGGGAAAUGUUGCAACAAUAUUGAUUAGGAAAGGUACCUUGGAUAAUCAGUCUAUAUUAUUAUGUGGGAAUACCUUUUGCAAAGUAAGAAGUAUCAUGGAAGGUGCAGAGAAAAAAAUUACGAAGGCAUUACCAUCGCAAGCUGUGGUAGUAUCUGGAUGGAAAGAAUUACCACAUGUAGGUGACGAGUUCAUACAGGUUAAGAGCGAGGCAAUUGCGAAGAAAUAUAUUUCGAAAAGAGAAGCCUUGAUAGAAGUUGAAAAGAAUGCCUCUAGAGUCGAAAAAUUGAAUGAGGAAAGAUACGCAGAAUCUAUUAGGCGAAAGGAAUCCAAGAGUAAAGACGACAUUGAUGAUAUCGAAGAUGACGAUGCUACCGAUAAUGCUAUAACUGGACCAAAGAUGGUAAAUUUCAUUAUUAAAGCAGAUGUGUCUGGUUCAGCUGAAGCUAUUAAGGAGAGCAUACAAGAUCUUGGUAAUGAUGAGGUUCAAUGUUGUGUCAUUUCAUCAUCGGUUGGAAUUCCAGCAGAAUCCGAUCUUAAAAUGGCCGAAAUAUCUAAUAGUGAAAUAUUAUGUUUCAAUUUGGAAAAUCUUCCAAAUGAUAUUAUUAACAAUAAACAUGGCGUUGUUGUAAAAAAAUUUAAUGUCAUUUAUAAAUUAAUUGAAAUUGUGGUGGAGACCUUAGAAAAUAACAUGAAGAAAAUUUUUGAAAAAAAUAUCGUGGCAACCGUCGAUAUUAAAGAUAUAUUUGAAUUUACAAUGAAGAAGAAAUUGGUUAAGAUUGCUGGUUGUAAGGUCAGCAAUGGUCAAAUAACUAGGAAUUCUAAAGUUCAAGUAAUACGUGGCGAAAAUAAAGAUGUAGUAUAUGAUGGUACAUUAUCCUCAAUAAAACAUGGAAAAGAUGAUAUUUCAACUGCAUCUAAGGGUCGUGAAUGUGGGAUAACCUUCAACGAUAAUUUUGAAGAAUUUAAAGCUGGUGACAAGAUUCAAGUUUACGAAGAAGUUGAAGUUCCUAGACAUUUAUAA